ACCGCUUUAAUCUGAGACUGUUGCUUUCCUCUCCUCAGGAAUCUUUGCCUAUCUCAACUACCAUGUACCAAGGACUCGCCGUGAGAUCCUUGAGAUCCUCCUCAAAGGUCUGCGACGUCUGGAGUACAGAGGCUAUGACUCAGCGGGUGGACUGUCCAAGAAACCUGGCCAAGUCAGUGACAGUAGAGUGAAGUGCACCAUUCAUCACGUAACGACAGAAGCCUGGCAGACACGUACACAGUGGAGCGUACGGUGGGGGGUGUGUUUGCAGGAACCAAGAGAAGAAAAUGUCCCGUUUAUGUGUCUCAUGUCAGGGCUCUUUUUAAAGCAAAGUUUUUUUUCUCAACAGCUGUGCAUCUUCACUGUGCAUAUUAUCUAUAUCUCAAUGUCUUUACUCUCUUUGGUAUCAUGUCAUGUUAGAGAAGUGGUUUUGUGUCCAGGGUCUGGGCUGGCACUGGUGUAUCUUCAUCACUUUUACUGGGGUUGGGAGUCUGUAGUGACACUGACUGACUCAACUUUUGAGCAGGCGCUCUGUGUGUAUUUGUCCUGAUUGGCCUCUCGGGGAGCUGCUGUUAAAAAAGCUUUUUACUGACGUAAAUGACGUAAAUCAUUCCAAGCCCCUGGUGUCAGGAAGGAAAGGAAAACAAACAGUUAAAUAAAAAAACAAGAAAAAUGCAUUAAUGAGAACAUUUUAGAAACUUGAAUUAUGUUUGCAAACUAUAAUAACCAACAGGUAAAAUGCAAUAAAACUCAUUUUAAUGAUCAUGUGAAUAGCACAUCUGUAGAAGAACUGUUGUAAAUGAGCAACUAAACCUAAGAAGACAAUAUGAAACCUGACUGCAACAUGAAGGAAAAGGAUCUUGCUGCAUGGUUUUUUGCAACAUUUUUGAUUAAAAUAGCAAGAAGGAGAAAAGAGAAAUGGACUUACCCAAACCUCUGUGUCCCUGUGCCGAGGAGCAAGCGUUGAAACAGCCAUUGGAAUAAGCCUGCAAUAGUAAAAAGACUGAAUAUACGACUGUCUGGAAUAAGUAUUGUAAUAACACUUUACAACCUUCACACACACAGACGUGUCUUUACACUGAUAGAGGUCUCACAUGUGUUCAUUAACAACAUUAAGAAUUAUAAUGCAUGUAUUUACAUGUGAGGCACUUAAGAAAGGACAGAGUCCAGCAGUGCACCUGAGGAGCAGAGGGGUGAUAUGUCUUCUACCAUCCCUCUCCAGGUAAACUGAAACCAGACACCUGGUUGUUACCAUGACACUGCUGCCGAAAAGCAAAGGUUGAUGGGAGUUUUAGAGGAUUAGGGAGGCCCAGCCGCAGGCAGUCCGUCUUACCUCAGGUACUAAGUUUCUUCCUUGUGCUUUCUAGGAAACGUUUGCCUCUGUGUAGGAAAGGAGUCCUGCAUUGGAAUAUCUUCCUCAUGUCUCUCGUCCCUCGCCUCUGUGGUGUUGAAGAGAGUGAGGUGGCAAGUAAAAGUAUCAGGUGUGAAAUAUUGAUGGGGCGACAGGUGUGAUCCUAAACACCGGCAGGUCUUUGGCCUUCUGAUCGAUGCAUGACACGGCGAGGGGCUGCCAGCACGGGCCGCCACAGGCUGAACCACGGACCUCAGCACUGAUUCACAGAGCCCCACUCCUCCUGGGGUAGGAGGAGGAGAAGGAGUGGCUGGUGGUGGCGAGCGGGCAGAGGGCGGUCAGGGCAACCGGCCGGUCGUCCAGGAGCUGUGGUUCAUCGUCGUGAUGGCAGCCAUCGCCCUCCUCCUGCUGGCCGUCGUGCUGGGUGUCAUUCUUCAUAAGGCCCUAAACAAACCCCCCUUCCCGCGAGAGAGACCCCCUCUGGUGGCCCUGCCCAUGCAGAAGAGGAACCCCAUGGCUGUUUACCCAGCCAGCAACUCUGUCUUGUUCGACACCAUGCCUGACACAACAGGCUUCUCCAACAGUGUCACACUCAAGGGCUUCACCAUGAAGAUGGAGGAAGUGUUGGAGGCUAAGUGUGAGCCCUCUGACGACGCCGCUCCUCAGGGCGAGCUCGAGAUCCUCAGCGUGAACUCUCUGAGACGCAGCGUCAGCCAGGUGAUGGACGGCAAGUCGCUCACAGACGAUGGAACGUGGGACCCAAACAUCUCAGGCCAUGACAGUGGGAUGUUUAUGGAAGAUGAGGAGUUUGUUGACACCGUCAAAGGCUUCAGCACCGUGAGGAAGGAGCACACCAUGUUCACUGACACCAACCUGUGACCUGAGGACGACCUUUGACCCUCACAGGAAAACACAGUCACAGGGUCACAUUAAAUCCACCCGGUUUUGUCUCCAACCCGGAGUUUAGAGGUCAGAGGUCACAACUGAGCGGAACGGAUAAAUGAAGGAAGAGGAAGUCGACAUGAUCCGUGAUGACACUGUUGGAAUAACUGCGGCAACUCAGUGAGAAACAUUAAAACGGUGCUGACGUUUUAACACAACGGGACAAAAAGACAUUUCUAUUGAGCGGAAAGAGGAAGAACCUGCUUUUGUGGAAAAACUCUAAUGAAAAAAAAGCUUGAAAUUUGUAUUUCUUGUCAUCGAAUAGAGACUCUGAACACGAACAGAAAAAGACUAAACAAACCAAAGAUAUGGUGGAAGAAGCAGCAGAACAUAGUUAUGUAUUUGAGUGUUUUAACCAACAGUCAGGGGCGAAAUCAGAUGCAAGGCUUUAGAAUAUUAAUUGUUGUACAAAUGAUUUUUCAAAUACCUUCAGUGAAAUUAUCUUCACUAAAAGCUGCUGCUUAAACAGCCGACAUGCAAUGUAUGAAAGAAUAACAUCAGUUAAGUAAACUAUUAUUCACAAUGACGACAAUAUAUUGUGCUUCAUUAAAACAGGUCAGCAAAAA